AUGUAUGCUUGUGUGUCUGAGGAGAGUGCAAUCAUUCAAGAAUACAAGAAGCUUCCAUCUUUGGGCCCAUGGGAACUCAUACAAGCAAUGAUUCGUUCUAUUGAGGAAGCCAAUAAGCCAUCAAAGAGGGGAAAGAAACAACAAAAGAAGAAGGAAGGAAAGGUUAUCAAAGGAGCUAAGGGGAAAACUCCAAGAAAGCGAAAGACUGAGAAGGCAGCACCUUCACAACCCAAGUAUAAAAAGACAAAGAAGCGUGCUCGGAGGCUUAUCCUUCAGUUCACAAGCGAUUCCGAUUCUGAUUAUGUCCCUAUUAGACAUCAACAACCCUCUCAAAGCGCAUCUGAGAGCAAAAGCUCUGAUGAGGAGGUUCAAUUUGUGAGCGACAACGAUGAUGAUGAUCCUAUCACCAAGCGACAUCUCAAGGCUGCGACUGAUAAACUUGAUCAGUUACUUUCUUCUUCCUCUGCUAAUCCUUACUCAGAAGCUGCUCUCAAGGCCCUCUUUUCUUCUGCAGUGAAGGAGCCUCUACUUCUCAAUGCCAAAAGGCUUCACUUGCUGUGGAAGCCUCUACUAAAGACUGCUGAGCUUUCACAUCUUGGUGUGGCUCGCAAAGCCAUUGAAGUUGAUAGUGAAGAGCUUCAUUCCAAACUCGAUGAUCGUCUAACUCAACUUGAGGUAGAGCUUGUCGUUGAAAACAAAUUCAUGGAUGAGCUGGACAAGCGAACCUCUCAGCUAAAAGUUCAGAACUUAAAGCUCCAUACUGCAACUCCAGAGCUCAAUGAUUUAAAGUCUGAAAGAGAAGUGAUUCGCAGCUCUAUCAUUGGUGAAGUUGAUGAAUAUGAAAAUGAAGAGGAUGAUAUUGAUGACAUUAUUACUGGUGCUCCUUCCAAGCCUGAUCUGAAAUUCAAGCCUUCUGAGCAAGAGCUUCGGGAGAAGCUGGAUCAUUUGGAGAAAGAAAUGAAAGAGAAGGAACUUCUUUAG